AUGCCUUACGCAGUGAAAGAAGGAGGAUGGCUAGGGCUUAUUAUACUUUUCUUCUUCGGUAUCAUCACUUGCUACACCGGUAUUCUCCUCAAGAGAUGUCUUGAAAGCUCUCCUGACAUUCAUACCUAUCCUGACAUUGGUCAAGCUGCCUUUGGCUUCACUGGACGUCUCAUCAUCUCCAUACUUUUGUACAUGGAGUUAUACGCAUGUUGUGUGGAGUAUAUUAUCAUGAUGAGUGAUAACUUGUCGAGAUUCUUCCCCAACGUUUCGUUAAACGUCGCUGGAGUAUCUAUUGACUCUUCGCAGAUCUUUGCCAUAGCAACUGCUCUUAUUGUUCUUCCUACAGUUUGGCUUAGAGACCUAAGCUUACUCUCCUAUCUCUCAGCUGGAGGUGUCUUCUCAUCCAUCUUGCUAGCUCUUUGUCUCUUUUGGGUCGGGUCUGUUGAUGGAGUCGGGUUUCACUCAGGUGGACAAGCUCUAGAUCUUAGUAACUUACCUGUAGCCAUUGGUAUAUUUGGGUUUGGUUUCAGUGGACACGCGGUUUUCCCAAACAUAUACUCUUCUAUGAAAGAUCCAUCCAAGUUUCCUUUGGUGCUCAUCAUUAGUUUCGGUUUCUGCGUAGUCUUCUACAUAGCUGUGGCGGUUUGCGGCUACAUCAUGUUUGGUGAGGCGAUUCAGUCGCAGUUUACGCUAAGCAUGCCACAACAAUUCACGUCAUCUAAAAUCGCAGUUUGGACCGCGGUUAGUAUUACCUAA